AUGUCGCGCAGCUUCACCAUCAAGGUGCCGUGCACCUCGUCCAACAUCGGACCGGGCUUUGACGUCGUCGGCCUCUCGCUCUCGCUCUACCUCACCCUCAGGGUCAAGGUGGAUGCGAGCGCCGACAACGCGGCGCCCACGCUCGCCUACACGGGCACCGGCGCCUCGGACGCCCCCCUGGACCCGUACAAGAACCUGACGACGCGCACCGCCCUCUACGUGCUGCGCUCCAACGGCGUCUCGCACUUUCCGCGCGGCGUGUCGAUCGACGUGCACAACCAGGUGCCCUUUGGGCGCGGCCUGGGCUCGUCGGGCGCCGCCGUCGUGGCGGGCCUGCUGCUCGGCAACACGCUCGGCAACCUCGGCCUGUCCAAGGACCGCCUCCUCGACCACGCCCUCAUGAUUGAGCGACACCCGGACAAUGUCACGGCGGCGCUCAUGGGCGGCUUCGUGGGCAGCUACCUCCUCGAGCUCUCGCCCGAGGACCGCGAGGCAAAGGACGUACCCCUCUCCGAGGUGCUGCCCGAGUACCCGCCCGACGCCGGCGAGGGGUGGGGCGCCAACCCGCCCUCGCCGCCGCGCGGCAUCGGCCACUACAUCCGCUUUGGCUGGGCGCCCGAGAUCAAGGUCAUCGCCAUCAUCCCGCACUUUGAGGUGUCGACGGCCAAGGCGCGCGGCGUGCUGCCCGACACCUACUCCAAGUCGGACCUCAUCUUUAACCUGCAGCGCCUCGCCGUCCUCACAACGGCCCUGACGCGCAGCCCGCCGGACCCCUACCUCAUCUUCCAGGCCAUGCAGGACAAGGUGCACCAGCCCUACCGCAAGGGCCUCAUCCCCGCCCUGCCCCAGAUCCUCGCCAGCGUCACCCCCGCCUCCCACCCGGGCCUCCUCGGCAUCUGCCUCAGCGGCGCGGGACCCACCAUCCUCGCACUCGCCACCGACAACCAGCAGAAGAUCGCAGACACCAUCUGCGACCAGUUCAAGAUCGAGGGCAUCACCUGCGACGUCGAGUUCCUCCAGGUCACAAACGACGGCGCCGUCGUCGUCGACGGCGAUGAGCAGUAG